AUGGCUGAUAUUAUUCCCCGUGUGCGUGACAUUCACACGGAGGGUGUCUGCCAGGUCCAAGGAGAUGCCGCGACGUUAAGCCCAGGACAAUCGCGCCCACCUCCGGUGUUCUACCACCCACCACCGGUCUGUGUGGACCCAUCUCCCCAUGCGAAGAUUCCUCAGGGAGCUCCAAUCACCGCUGUUCCUAUGGGAGCUCAGCAUGUCGGUCCGUUGCCCCCAGUCGGCUGCAUGCCGGGCGGCUUCUGGUCCACCACCGGAUUCUUCCCUGUUUCUCCCGAUGCGCAGCCGAUCGGCGAUAGGCAACCUCAGUUCGUUGUUCAGCCUCUUCACACUGGGCCGUUCAUCCCCAGCGGCUUCGCGAAACCGCCCUGCGUUUUUCAUCCGAGGGAGCCUAUGCCAGGUUCGUUCCCAGACCCCAACCCACGGCCCUACGACCAAGGCGGACGUAGGUCUUUCUCGAAUCCAGCCGGUGGGAACAUUAGUAUCCAGAUCCAAACUUCCUCAUGCUCCGUCUGCGGUAUCUCGAUUUCCUACAGUGAAGAUGAAGACCGGAUGGAGUGCUGCGACAGGUGCAGCUUGUGUCAGCGCGAUCGUCGUCGUGAGGAGCUCUUGGCCCAGGAAAUCGAGGCUUGGAAGGAAAAGGCUAAGAGGGAAGCCGCUGAGAGGGCGGAACGGGCGAGACUCCAGGAGGAAGCUGAAGCCAAACAGAAGGCCGAUCUUGCUGCGGAGCUUCAGAAGGCUAAGCAGGAUGCUGACGAGGCCACUGUAACUCUGAAGUAUAAACUCGAGGAAGAGGCCAAGUUGCUCAAGAAGCUGGAAGAAUCCGAGGCUGCCGCAGCUGAGGCCAGCAGAGUCUACCAGCAGGAGCUUGCCAAAGCCGAGGCUUCUGCUAAACAGGAUUUUUCUAAUCAUUUGGCCACCGAACUAGCCAAGAUCGAAGCCGCCGCAAAAGCCGACACGGCCAAGUUUAUCGCUGAUGAACUCAACAAGGCUGCGGCUAGGUCAAAGGCUGACACGGCUAAGAUUUUCGCUACCGAGGCCGAGAAACACAAGAAGGCACUGGAAGAGGCUAUCACCAGACUCACAGCUGCGCACAAAGAGGCUACCGACUCCGCUGUCUACCACAAUCAGAAUGUCGCAGCCCAGCAAGCCGAGGUCGAGCGCCGCUGGGCUGAAGCGGCUAAGGAGCAGAAAGCGGAGAUGGAGCGCCGCCGGGCUGAAGCGGCUAAGGAGCAGCAAGCUGAGAUGGAGCGCCGCUGGGCUGUCGAAGUGGCUAAGGAGCAGCAAGCGGAGAUCGAGCGCCGCUGGGCUGAGGCGGCUAAGGAACAGCAAGCCGAGGAGGCAGCUAAGCAAGCGGCUCUCAAGAAAGCUGCAGACGAUGAAGCCGCUCAGCGCGCCAUCCAGGCUCAGGCUCAGGCUGAAGAGGAGCAGCGAGUGAUCACCGAAAUCCAGAAGCAGCUGCACUUUGCACAGACGCAGUACGACGAGUUCAUAAGGAUGGAGGACGAGCAGAAUUCCAAGGAGGAAGCCGCGAGGAAGGCCAUUCAGGACGCCGAAGAGGAGCGCGAGCGCGCCGCCAUCAGGGAGAUGCUUAGCAAGGAAUUCGGGUCCGCGGAUUCGAAUGAAGACCUGACGAAGCGCCUCAAUGCCCUCAAGGUUACCGACGCCACCCAGCAGCCGCCUCGCAACCGCAGCAAAUCCCGCGGUCGCAAGGUUCACUUCAACUUGGAGAACUUCUGA